AUGCAGGCCACCAUCCUGGUCGAGGCCCUAACCCUAAGAGUCGUCAUUGGCAACAUUGGUGUAUGCAUCACCGACGACGACCCCGGCCGCAUUCUCAUCCCCGUCGCCGCCUUCAUAGGGAUCGGGCGCAUUGUGGUACGCCCUACGACGUUCCCCGACCCAGCGAAGCCCUGGGAGCCAGCGGAUGGCACGAACGGGGAGAGGAUGCCACGAAGCCGAAUACCGCCCAUCAAGUAUAUGAUAUCUAUUCCUGGGAUCGACUUGAUCCUGUUCGUCAUCAUCAUAUUCCAACUGACGGCUCUACAGCGGACAUUGUACGACGCCUGUGUGACGAGCGAUCUCUGGGAAUCUGCCGAUCUCUGGUUCUCAGUCAUGGGCAGAGGCACGAGCACAAUCCUUGAACACAGCAAUUCCUGA